GGAUUAUCCGCUCCUUCUUUAUGUAUCUCCUUCUCGAUUCUCUGUCUUUGUCGGCGCUCUCUUCGAAUCCCGCGAACAGAAUCACGUCUUCCCCAAAUACGGGCUCGCUAUCGUGGCAAAUAUGUGCUUCUUUUUCGGAACUUGUUUUUCACAUAAGCAAUGUUUUCGUAACUGAUGUAGAUAUUUUUGAGGCUAGCUGUAUUCUUAGCAUCUGCAAAUGCCACCACCCGCCGAAACUUUAUUACUGACCAUCUGAUACCUUGUUUCUGAAUUAAUUCAUAGACUUUGACAGACUGGCGCUCGAAGAUAAUCUUCCGAAUAGACCAUAUCAUGCCUGAAGACGAUAUUGACAAUUCACGCUAUCUGUCUAGAAACAGGCGUUACUCCCCGUAUGAUUCUUCAAGGCACAGGAGUCAUCAUCGCAGUCGCAGUCGCUCGCCGUCGUACUUUUUGGAAAGGCGUGAAGCUGUUAGGACAACAGCUCUUUCUGGUGUGAAUGAGAGCGGGACACCGCUCCAAUUGCGAGAAACGAGCCAACUUCAAGUCACCACAACCAAGCGUAAAAGGAACUCGGACGACGUCCGUGAUAGAUCUCAUGUCGACCUUGUAUCCGGCGACGAUGAAGUCUAUGUAACCAUGAAGGUGACCAAGAGGGAACAAAAAAAAAUUCUUCGACGUCGAAGGGAACGAGACAGAGGUCAUGAACAGAGAAGUCAUUCAAAGAAGAGACGACGUACAGAAUAUAUCAAACAUGACAAAAAUGGCCAUUACGAUGACUCUUCCCCCAAGAGAGAACGACGUGAAUACUCGCGUACAGAAUUCUCUGGACCAAACAUGUUCAGCCGGGCUGAACAUUUUGCUAUCAGAGGGGGGAAUCUGUCGGUUGUGGCAGGCGAUCAAACGAUUCUUGGAACAUCAGAACGAUUUCCCAACCCACGCCUUCCCAAUCCCAAUCAGAUGGACCAUCCGUAUGGAAAAAAUCGUAACAGAACUAAGGACGAACAAGACGAUCACUAUUCUUCAUCACCUCGUAGCAAGCAAUCUCAAAGAGAAUAUUCCAGCGCAGCCAACUUGAUGGGGGAUAUCAAGGUAUCAGGACCCAACGCGUUUACCUAUGCAAAUAAUUUCAAAAUUCAUGGUGGAGACGUUUCGGCGGUGGGUGGUAAUCAAACUUGUAUAGGCAGCGUCGUGCAGACAGGUAUGCAAACAAUCAUCAACAUGCUCACCCAGAUCCUGUCUUUCGGGAAAAUCUCCCAACAGUCGUAGAGGCUAGUUCAUCAACCUCUAGUUUUACCCUUGAUCAUAGCCAAGAUUCCUCUUCAUAUCAGGAUCGAGACCUUCCUAUUAGCAGCCCUCCUGCACAGACAUAUAUAUCUGGCCCUAGUCUCUUUGCAUACUCUUCUGGAUUCACGUUGGACGGAUCAAACGUACAACCAGGCUCAUUUGCUGCAGUGGGGGGUAAUCAAAUCAUCGAUAUUCUUGGUGAUGAUGAUUCUGUGUAACUUGGGCGAAGAGACAGACAUUGUCCCAUGUCAUUCACAGUGCUAUUCUUUCACAUUGUUCCGAUCUCAAUGGUCAUGAACCAUUGACAUAUGGGAUAAUGAGGCUUGAUGAGGGAGGUUUCAAGCUUAUUUUUGAGAUUUCUCACUCCAAGUCGCAAUCGUCGUUCACUCUCAUUCAAUUCGAAGUUAGGCUUAUAUGUAUGCUUGACCCUAUAAUCUACACGUGUUGACGGUGACGAAGUAAGAAAGAGUUACAAAACA